AUGGCGGCAUCACUAUUUACUUUCUCCUCCACCUCAAGAAGAGUCAUCCCAGCUCCAAACUCUCCUCCUCUUCCCAUAUACAUCAAAGCCACAAAUUUCGUCUUCAACCCUGAUAUACCAGAUGUUCAUCGCGGUCUUGGAAUUGAUGAUUUUGGCAAUUUUCUAGUAUCUUGCAGACUUCGAUAUGCUAUCAGUGAGGUUCCAUCAGAGUUCUUUCCCGAACAAGUAUGUGAGUUCUAUUACACCGCAACAGUCAAUAAUGAAAACAACAUCAUCUCCGGCACUAUUGGCUGUGGCUGUCGCUCAGUUUUCAUCAACGCUGAUCUCCUCCGUACUGCACUCAGGUUACCAAUUUUUGAACCAUUCUCUGAGCUUCCAACUAUUGAACGCUGUCGACGCCUCUUUGACCAACUGGGCUAUGAUCACUCCAAGGCUGGUGCUCGACUAGCUCUCAUUCUACAUCAAUGUAUGACUCCUGGAUGGAAGUUCUUCACCGAGGCACUUUGUAAGUGUGUAGGUCACAAAUCUCGCAGUGGUGAUCAAUUGAGCUCUUUUGAGCAACAAGUGGUAUGUUCACUUCUCCUCAACAAAUGUGUUGAUUAUGGGGCUUUCUUCUUCGAUCAGCUUGUCCAACUUCUUUGGGCCAAUGUAAGAGUUGAUCAUGUUCCGUUUCCACGCUGGAUUGCUCUUGUCCUGGAUAAAUUUCAUGCUAAAGCCUAUUACUCACACGUUGGAAACCCCAUCCAAUGCACACGCAUGUCAGUACGAAUGUAUCCGGAUGAUCCACUGGCCAAUGGCAUCGGCAUCUCUGAUCGGAUGCAAGAAUGGAUCGCAAAUCCAUAUACCGUUCCUUCACUAAACGCUGACACUGACGAAGGAGAUGCUGUUAACGAUGAAGUUCAUGCUGAAAUACAAGUUGAAAUACAAGAAGGUGGUCAUAUCUCCCCUCAACUUUCUCAUAAUACUAUUUCUGUCACUGAAAGGGUUCAUUCAGCUCAUGGGGAGUCAUCUGGUCAGGUGGAGCAACCAUGUCAGGGGGAGCAGCAUUGA